AUGGAGCUUUUGACAUUUAACUUGAAGGAUGGGUACUUAGAGGCUAUGGUUCGAGGAUAUAGAUCAGGCUUUGUAACUAUGGAUGAAUACCACCUGAUUGGCCAAGCUGAAACUUUGGAAGACAUGAGAACAGCAUUGGAGGAGACAGAUUAUGGUACAUUUAUGCAAGAUGAGGCACUUCCUUUGUCAGUAAAUGUGAUAACUCAAAAAUGUCGUGAGAAGUUCGCUCAUGAAUUUAGGAUGUUACAAUCCCAAGCUUAUGAACCAUUAGGAAAGUUUCUAAACUACAUUACUUAUGAGAAAAUGAUUGAUAAUGUGGUGAACUUGAUUCAAGGAGCUAUGAAUAAGAAACCAGCAGAGGAACUUCUUGCUCGUUUAGACCCAUUAGGAUAUUUUCCAGAAAUCAGAGCUUUUGUUGCUUUGGAUUUGUCAUCAUCUUUUGAUGAGCUUUACAAAUCAAUUCUCAUUGAGACUCCAAUUGGUCCAUACUUUGACGAGUUUUUGACAUCUUUUAGUGGUGAAAAUGAGGAUGUUACCUCAAUCGUCAAGGAAAUGGAUUUGGAAAUUCUUAGAAGUUCUCUUAAGAAAUCAUGGCUUGAGGACUUUUAUAGAUUUUGCCAGACAUUAAAUCCUACAUCUGCUGAGGUUAUGAGCCAUGUCUUAAAAUGUGAGGCAGACUUUAGACUUCUUGCUAUUACUUUAAACUCACUCAAUUUUAAUUUUUCAAGUGCUUCUACAUUAUAUCCAAGCUUUGGUUACUUAUAUCCGGAAGGUACAGAACAGAUUAGGAAGGCCUGGAAUGACACUCGUGUAAGAGCCGCCUUAGAGCCAUAUUCAAAGUACAGUGCUCUUUAUGAUCAAUGCAAAGCAUUCUACGUUAAUGAGAAUACUAAUGACCUUGGACUUUCUGAUGGAAAGGACGAAUCUAAUAGGAAAUCUUCUAGUCACAAAAAUCUUGCUGACAGACAAUUUAAGAGCUUGGAGGAUUUAUUAUAUGCUGAAACUGUUUCUAUGUGUGAACUUGUAUUUGAUCAGCAAUUGAAUUAUGGCGUAUUCUAUGCUUGGGCCAAGCUUAAGGAACAAGAAAUUAGGAACCUUACUUGGAUUGCCGAGAUGAUCCUCAUGAACAGAAAAGACCAAGUUGAUGCUAUUGUUCCAAUAUUCGCUCCUCGUGCCAGAUAA